UCCAUUGUUUCUUUCGUCCCUCUCCGCAUCUGAGUCUAGGGUUCUGCUCUCCUUGGCCAGGCCGCCGCCUAUGACCAUCGUGCUCACUCUCCCUGCUCUCGCACUGCUCAGCUGAUGCCCGCGCACCUCUCCCCUCCGCCUUCACUCCCCUCCGUAUCGUUGGGAACUUGCCCACCAAAGUCCAAGUGGAGGAGGCGCCGCCAUGACCCAGUCCUCCCCUCCCUAUCCGCGACGACGGAGAGCUCGCAUGGAGGACAACGGCAGGGCGCCCGCAACGUGCGAACCUAGCGUUGCUGAAGACGGCCGGCGUCUGUGCUCUGGAACUGGGCAGGGAGGCCUCGAUCUCGGUCUGCAGGUGCAUGGAUCCGAGAGGCCCCAUAUGGAUUGUUCAUUUGAUUUUUUUUCUGUUAAAACAAUCCGAUUUGUUUCUGCUGUUUUCCCAGAGUUUCUUGUUCAUAUUGCUUCAGCCUGAUUCCUAACGUCAAUUCUGUUGGUAGCAUUGGUGGCCCUGACGGAAGUAGUAAGAACGAUGGACAGCCGGCCGAAGGACCUGCAGACUUUGUGGUUCACUUGGACAAUCAUACAUUUCAGCAGGCACAACAGGAUGAAGCACUACUAGGAUGUAUUUGUUGUUGGUGCGUACAAAUGGCGUGUUCUUAGUUUUCCCAAGGGGAAUAACAUGGAUCACUUAUCAAUUUACUUGGCACUCAGCCAACCUCCGAUAUGGUUGGAGCCAAUCUUCAUGGCUGUUGUUUGCCGAAUCCGAAUACACGUUUAGUUCUGGAGGAGAGCACAGGAUAUGGGGGCAGCGUAGCAGGGGUCAUGAACAAUGACAGAUUUCCAGCAGAAGGAUGUAAUCAACCACCAGGAAAAAGAUCCUCAAAUUCUGAUUAUUUGAUUGCCUAUUCAAGGUCCUUCAUCUAUGAAAACGAGCUCACGAAAUGUUGGCGUCGGAGAAGAUGGUCGGGUACUAGAACACACAAGGCACUUGGAGAUGCCGGUGUGAAUAAGAGCCUACAGGUCUGGAUCAAUCUCGCCUCCAAGGACAAGAGCGAGCCAAUGUAUAAGAAACUGUAGAGCAAGGACCUAAGCUAGGCCUCGAAGGACGGCGUCGAUGUCCGCACAUUGUCGUUGAGACCUCUGGGGUGUGGUGUAGGGAGAACGUGUCGACGGCGCAGGGAUAAAAUGUUGUUUCAGGUUUGUGCUCUUUUCAUGCUUGCUAAAAUGACAACCAUAUAAAUCCAAGAACUCGUUCUUUCAUUUUUUGUAUGGUUCAUUUUCAAAGUGUAUCGGUUUAAGCACUAUUGUUUACUGAACAUGUCCAAAAAUAAGUCCCAAUUGUUAUCUAUGUCAACUUUAAAUUGCAGGAAAAUAUUCUUUUGUCCAGCUUUAUUAGUGAUAUUACAAACAAAUCGUUCAAAACCAUAUUUUUGCAAGCAGGUGAAAAAGACACCAGAUGAAUAAGCGAUUGUAUUCAAUAGUGAGUGAUAGUCCCGUGAAUUUGUAGACCCAUAUACCUCCAUCUCCUAUGCUUUUACAUUGGAAGUUUUUAUUCUCUUAGUGUAUAAGUCCUCUUAUGGUGUCCAAAUGUUUUUGGAUCAAUCGAAUAAGGGUAUACUAAUGCAUGGCUGAAAAUUUAACUAUUUAAGUAGUCUACAGGUCAAAUUAUUUCAAUAGAGAUGAAGUAAUGUAAUAAUUCUGUCAAAAUUCGUCUGAUUAGUUCUGUUACUGGUUUAUAUCUGCAAAACGGAUGUGAACAGUUAUGCAGCUUGCUUGCCAGAAAUCCAUAAUCACCUCAAUCUCCAUCGCUCCUAGAUUUUUGCUGAUGCCUGACGUGUGCACCACAUCAACCCGCCUCAAGAAGCAGCAGCCUUCAGGCCCUGGGUGGUUCUAUACAUGCAUUUCAUCAGCAUUUCUCCAAACAAUCACGAUCCGGGACUAACCAUUUAUUAUAUUUUACUCAUAGCAGAUUCCGAAAUCUAAUUCAAGAUAUAGUUACCUAGAAAUUGGGAAUGACAUCGGCUAUAUCAGUACAUGAUGCAAUCAUUUUUAAGAAGCACACUUGAUUUAUAUAAAACUGAGAAGAUGGUAUUGUACUGUAGCUUCCUUCUUGCAUCAAUGAUGAAGAGAUGUGCUUCUGUGAUCAUUGUUGAUAGUAUAGGGUCUUCCACUUUCAGGUUCUCAGGAAACACCUCUAAAGUACCUUCUUAACCUCUAAUGCUCUUCUGGAAACCCACCUAAUGCCUUCAUAUGUGUCCUGGUAUUUGGUGCUUAGUCAUUUACAACAUAGUAUCAAGAUAGUGCUCUUGCUUCUUUCAUUCUUGUCAUUCAUUUCUUAUAUUGCCAGCAACCUUUUGUCAUAUUAAGUUUACAAGGUCAUUUCUACUACUUACUACCAUUGUUAUUGCGACGAGUCUCAUGCCCUUUUAACUUACAAUGUCACUGCUUUACAUUAAAAUAGUGUUGAUGGAGAAAUGAUGAAUUCCAGUUGGAGAGAAUAUUACGAGAGAUGACACGAAUUGCGGCAUAGUGAAAAUUGGGUGACUAAUUGAGUGAGAUAGCUGUUGUGUUAUAGCUGGUGAUAUAUAUUUUUUUCUUGGUGUGCCCGUAGUUCCCAUUUUAAGGAUCAAUACCACGCAGUAGAAACAAUACCUCUACACCAAGAGAAACAAAAACUUAAGGAUGUUAUUUGAGAGCCAGUAAAACCUGCAACUUUGGCAAAUAGCAAUGGGCAGCAAAAGUAUAUGAACAUCUACAUGUAUUAUCUACUGCAGCUAACUGAAAGUUAUGGAUGAAUUUUUUUGAUCUCUUAGUGUUGUUCCUAUGUCCACGCAAAAGAGAUCAGUACGGAAGCAU